AUGGAGCCAAUUAAUAAUAGUAUUAUAUAUAGAGUUAAAUUUAGUAAAAUGCAUGGAGCUGGUAAUGAUUUUGUUUGUUUUGAAACAAACAAAGUCGAAAGAAUCAAUAGUUUCGAUAAAUCAGAAAUUUCAUUAAAAGAAUUAAAAGAUAUUUCGUUGAUUUUAGCAGAUAGAAAAUAUGGUGUUGGAUGUGAUCAAUUAAUUAUUUGCAAUAAUAAUCCAAAAGUUGAGAAAUCAGCACACUAUGAAAUGAUAGUAAUUAAUAGCGAUGGUCAACAAGCCACCAUGUGUGGUAAUGGUGUUAGAUGUUUUUCAAAAUUUGUAAUUGACAAUAAAAUCGAAUCAAAGAGUUUAAAUGGUACACCAAAAAAAGAUGAAACCACAUCAGAAAUAGAACAAAAAGUUGAAACACUUGCAGGAUUAAUCAUCACAUAUCCACAGAUUUACCACCAUUUAAAUACACGUAAUGUUAUGAUGGUCAAAGUUAAUAUGGGAAAUGCAUUAGUUUUAAAAACCAAUAAAUGGAAAGAAAGCUAUGGUACAGUUUUAAACAACAAACAAAGUAUUGAUAAAUCUGCAUAUCUUGAAACUGUCGAAUUAAAUUUACCAAAUUGUAAGCAACUCGAAUGUGUAUUGGUAUCUAUGGGAAAUCCACACUGCAUAGUAUUUUUACAACGUAAUAUAGAAUUGGGUUAUUUAAAUAAAGAGGAAUGUUCAAAUUUAAAAACAAUGAAAAUCGAAGAUAUCGCUGUUGCUCUUCAAAAACAUCCAUUAUUUACCGACAGUUGUAAUGUCGAAUUUGUAUAUCAAUCAAAUGAAAAUAAACUAUCAAACACUGUAAUCUCUAGAGUCUAUGAACGUGGUGCUGGUGAAACCCUUGCAUGUGGAACAGGUGCUUCAGCAGUUGCAGUCGCUAGUAUUCUUAUGGGUCACUGUGACUCUGAAAAAGAAGUAACAUGUAGUAUGCCUGGUGGGGAUUUAUUAAUUCAAUGGGGAUCUGGAAAUAAAAAUGUUUUUAAAACUGGUCCAGCUUGCACUGUAUUUAGUUCGCAAAUCGAUAUUGAAAUAAAUAGACAAAUAGAAUAA